CAGACAUGAGGCAGUGCUGAGAGCCCGGCGGAGAGCUGCGGAGCUGAAAUGAAGCGCACACACGGAGGGGCUCACACCGUGCAGUGCCGUGCGGCUCAGGAAGAGGCUCCGCGCCGCUAAAGCUGAAGGCUGCUCCGGCUGAAUGAAGGGCUCCGUCCAUGCGGAGGCUAGCGCUCAUUCUGCUGCCCUGUGCUGUCGCCGUCCUGGUGCACUUGUGGUUGGCACAACGACCCUCCUUCUCCCCGCUGGACAACAACACACUCUCGGAUGAACCACUACCUUUCUAUGAAGUUCUGGUGGGAGUGCUGUCAGCGAGACACCAUUAUGAACUGCGACAAGCGAUAAGAGAGACAUGGCUGGGCUACCUCCAAGAUCACCCCCACUUCCAGCACAGGGUAGGGGUGAAGUUUAUCGUGGGUGAACAUGGGUGUCCCAUUCCAGAGGAGGACAGAGAGGAUCCAUACUCCUGCUCCCUGCUGAACUUCACCGAGCCAGUAACAGGGCAGGAUGCAGACAUAGAGAUUGUGACCGUGUCGGACCCCUCGGUGCUCGCCCCCUCUGACGUGUCCGCCAUCGCCCUGGAUUUUAAGGUCCUCCACCCAGUGGUGAUAACAAGACUGGGGAUGUUUCCCAGCGGGACCCGGCCUGAGCUUCAAAGCAACGUGACGGUGAAGCUUCUCCAGCUGGACCAGGAGGAGGCUGUGGUUACUGCUCGCUUCAGCUCCAUCAGCACUGGGACCAUGGUGAACUGGGUGUGGUACAAACCAGUGGAGCAGUUCAUCUUGCCUAAGGGUUUCGAGGGGACACUGGUUUGGGAGAGUCUGGACUCGGCUGCAUUGACCACAGUCAACUCCUCCUCCGUGAAGCUCAAUGAUGGAGGAGGUGUUCUCAAGUUCUCCUCUAUUGCAGAGGGCAUAUUGCCUCAUAGAAGUGCUCUUGGAUUUCCUGGCCUGGCCGGGGGGUUCACAUUCACUAUCUACGAUGGGGACGGUCUGUCGGGGCUCCUGCGGGGCCGCCCAGCCAGGAUGGAGCACCAUGCCUCCAGGCUGAGGCAGGAGGAUGCCACCUUGCAGGAGGAGAGCCUGAGGCACGGAGACAUUGUGUUCGUAGACGUGGUAGACACCUACAGGAACGUGCCUUCCAAACUGCUUCAAUUCUAUAAAUGGUCUGUGGGAAAUGCUGACUUUAAUCUACUGCUGAAGACGGAUGAUGAUUGUUACAUCGAUGUGGACUCAGUAUUAAUGAAGAUUGACCACAAGGGUCUCAAACGCAGCAAUUUCUGGUGGGGGAAUUUCAGGCAGAGCUGGGCAGUGGAUCGCAUCGGGAAGUGGCAGGAGUUGGAGUAUGCCAGUCCGGCCUACCCGGCGUUUGCCUGCGGCUCCGGCUACGUGGUCUCUCGUGACCUGGUCCAGUGGCUCGCCAGUAAUGCAGAGAAACUGAAGGCCUACCAGGGAGAGGAUGUGAGCAUGGGGAUAUGGAUGGCAGCUGUUGGACCACAGAAAUAUCAGGACCCCGGCUGGCUGUGUGAGAAAGAGUGCUACCUGGACAUGCUGUCGUCUCCUCAGCACACAGCCAAGGAGCUGCACAUCCUCUGGGACAGAAAGAGGGUCUGUGGAGACCCCUGCGGCUGUCCCUGGGACCACUGAAUGUGGUUAAGACCACACUCACCACGUGGCACUGUGGGUAAAAUGCACUCAACACUGGUUGUCAGUUCAGUUGCUGUGAUUUCCUUAAAACACCAAACUGAGCCAUUGUCGGUUUAUUAUUAUUAUUAUUAUUAUCAUUAUUAUUGUUGUUAUAGAGGCACUUCGAUUUUGCAAUGUGGGACUUUCUGUUGAAAAAUAAUCUUGGGAACUUUGCUAGUUCUGAAUAUUAACAAAAUACUGCACAGACAUCAUAAAGCUUUUGCAGCUUCAGAAUACGUUUAAAACUCACAUUUAGCCAUAGCAUCUUGUCAAUAUUUGUAUUAUGAACUCUGUUAUUACAUUUGAAAAUGUCUUUAAAGGAACAGAGAAAAUAAGGGAAAAGACUGUGGAUUAUAAAAUGCUUUAGUUGUGUAAACUGUCAGGGAUCGACUAGAACCAUGUGCAAUACCAGCAUGUGACGGUUAUUGUGUACAGAAUCUGUAAGACUUGAGUACUUUCGAAAAUUUUAAUUAUUGGUACUCUUGGUAUUGGUACAGACUUAAACCUUUUGGUUUAAAACAGAUACUUGAUGGCAUUUUAAAGAUAAUUACUCUACAUUGCUAUAUUUUGAAAAUUAUUGUCUUAAGCUUUUCAUGCUCUAUAACUAUUUCUAGAUUUAUGAUGAGCUUUCUCACAAACACACAGUUUGUACUGUAACUGUUAUCGUGCAAAUAGUGAUGUGGCCUUACUGUAUUUGUUAGGCGUCAUAUGGUAUGUAUGUUAACACUUGUGAUAUGAACACAGAUUUUUGGAACUUGACGAAGCAGUCGGAGCGACUGUGAAAUACAUUCAUUCAUUUAACACGGUUUUAUGAAAGCUUCCUCAAAGGUAAUAAAGAACACUUAAGAGAGGC